AUGACGGCACAUGAUGGAGCUUCCUCCUCUUCCUGCUCCACUUCCGGAUCUUCUUCCACUUACGAUGUGUUUCUCAAUUUCAGGGGUGAAGAAACUCGAAAUAACUUCACUGGUUUCCUUCACAGUGCUUUGGAAAGAGAAGGAAUUAAUGUGUUUAUAGAUAGUGAAGAUCUAUGGGGUGGAGAAGAGAUCAAAUCAUCGCUCCUUAAAGCAAUUCAGCAAUCCAAAAUCUCGAUUACUGUUUUCUCUAAGGGUUAUGCGGAUAGUAAAUGGUGUCUCAUGGAAUUGGUUGAGAUAGUUCGAUGUCAUAGAUCUAACGGUCAAAUGAUUCUUCCCAUAUUUUUGAAUGUUGAUCCAAGAGAUGUUCGUCAUCAGACUGGAAGUUUUAAAGGAUCGUUUCAGAAACACAAGAAGAAAUAUGAUACAAAGAUCACAGAGACUUCGAAGGAAGCAUUGACUUUGGUUGGAGGAAUUACAGGAUAUGAUCUCAAGCAAAAUCAAUCAAAGCUAGUCAAGUUAGUUGUUGAAAGGGCUUUGAGUGAAUCGAGAAGCUAUCGCUUAGUUGAUGUUAAAAACCCUGUUGGCUUAGAUGACCAAGUAGAAGAUCUAUUAUCUCUACUAAAUCUUGGCUCCGAUGAUGUUCGACUUGUGGGAAUCUGUGGUAUGGGCGGCAUUGGGAAGACAACUGUUGCAAAAGCACUCUACAAUCGAAUUUUUAAAAGCUUUCAUAGGAUUAGUUUUCUUGCAAAUAUUAGAGAAGAAGCUUUGGGGCCAAAGGGUUUAGUUUCUUUGCAAGAGCAACUUAUUUCUACCGUCUCCAAAAGGAAAGUUGAUGACAAAAUAUGGAAUGUUUAUUGUGGUCAAGAAUUGAUAAAAGAAAGACUGCAAGGAGAAAAUGUUCUUCUUAUUCUUGAUGAUGUGGAUUGUCGUCUUCAACUUGAUGCUUUGGCUAUUGAAUCCAAUUGGUUUGGUCCAGGAAGUAGGAUUAUCAUAACAAGCAGGGAUGAACAUGUUCUAAAUAUGGCUAAAGUUGAUGAAGGUAAAAUAUACCGGCUUAAAGAAUUGGAUAGUGAACAAUCUCUUCAACUAUUUAGUUUGCAUGCAUUUUCAAGGGACCAACCUCCUGAAGAUUAUAAGCAGCUUUCCCAAGAUGUGCUACAAUUGGCGGGAGGAUUGCCAUUAACUCUAGAAGUGUUGGGUUCUUCUCUGUUUGGCGUAAGUGAAAAAGAAGUUUGGCAUAGUAUGUUACGAAAGUUGAAAAGAAUUCCAAAUAGGGAGGUCCACAAAAAAUUAAAAAUAAGUUAUGACAAUCUAGAAGCUGAUGAGAAAUCUAUAUUUCUUGAUGCUGCAUGUGUUUUUUGUUGGAUGGAGGAAAGAUGUAAUUUCAUUAUGGGAAGCUUGUGGGUUUGA